AUGGUUCGCCUCCGCGAUGGCAUGUGGCUUCCCGCCGAAGGGGUCCAGACUGAGUAUGCGGAAGAGGUGUACCAGAUCACACCUUCGGAAGACCAGCAGAGUAUUAGCCUUCUGUGCCCAGUCAAGAAGAUCCUCUCCCGGGGCUGGACUCUCAACCAGCCCACCAUAACACUUGAUAUCAAAGCUGAGUUUGAUGGUGUCAUCUCGAUUGAAUCAACUCACUGGGCUGGCGCUCAGAACAAAGGCCCCCAUUAUGAAAUAUACCCCGACGGCAAACCGUCCAGCCCACAGGCUCAGAUUAUCACGAAUGAUAAGGGUACAUCGUUGACAUCAGGAUCGCUGUCUGCGACGGUCCACCCUGGCCCUCACAAAUUUGAAAUCCAAUUUGGUAGCAGUGAUGGCACCAAGCAACUCACCAAGCUCGGGGCACGUAGCGUCGGUUUUGCGUAUACACCAGCACCUAGCAACCCGAUGCAAACUGGAGACAUGAGGAACUUUCAGCAUUACAUGUUCUACCAGACCAACCUAUCUGUCGGAGAGUCUGUUCAUGGACUCGGCGAGCGCUUUGGCGCUUGGAACAAGGUUGGCCAGGCUGUUACCCUCUGGAAUGCGGACGGCGGCACUUCCAGCGAGCAGGCCUACAAGAACGUCUCCUUCUGGAUGAGUAGCCGCGGAUACGGUGUUUUCAUUGACAAUCCCGGUAGAGUGGAACUCGAAGUCGGUAGCGAGCGAUCCUGCAGAGUCCAAACCGUCGUUGAGGGCCAGAGACUUAAGUGGUACAUUAUAUAUGGCCCGACCCCUAAGGAGGUUCUGAAGAAGUACUCCAUAUUGCUGGGUAAGCCAGGCAAGGUGCCUAGCUGGAGUUUCGGCCUGUGGUUGACGACCAGCUUCACCACUAAUUACGACGAAGCUACGGUGAACUCUUUCCUGCAAGGAAUGAAGGAUCGCGGCUCACCCGUCGACGUCUUCCACUAUGAUUGUUUCUGGAUGAAGGCGUUCACCUGGACUGAUUUUGUGUUCGACUCGGAGAGAUUCCCCGACCCCCAGGCUCAAAUUUCGCGACUCAAGGAGAGCGGACUCUGCAAAAAGGUUUGUGUGUGGAUCAACCCCUAUAUUGCUCAGCAUGGGGCAGCUUUCAAGCAUGCAGCAGAGAACGGUUUUUUGCUCAAGCGCAAGAAUGGAGACGUCUGGCAAUGGGACCUCUGGCAGGCCGGCAUGGGCCUAUUGGAUGUGACAAACCCCAAAGCAAGAGAGUGGUAUGUCAGCUGCCUCAACUCACUCUUUGAUAAAGGAGUCGAUGCUCUCAAGACGGACUUUGGCGAGCGUAUCCCCACACUUGAUGUUCAGUGGUAUGACGAAUCGGUCGAUCCACACAAGAUGCACAAUUACUAUGCUUUCCUAUACAACAGACUUGUAUACGAAGCCCUCCAGAAGCGAUAUGGCAACGACGAAGCCGUUUUGUUUGCUAGAGCUGCAUGUGCUGGCACACAACGAUUUCCUCUGCAAUGGGGAGGAGACUGUGAGUCCACACCCGAAGCCCUUGCAGAGUCUAUCAGAGGUGGCCUGUCUCUGGGAAUUAGCGGCUUUUCAUACUGGAGCUGUGAUAUUGGGGGAUUUGAAGGAUACCCUCCACCCUGGGUCUACAAACGUUGGGUGGCAAUGGGUCUACUCUGCAGCCAUAGCCGCCUCCAUGGCAGCAACUCGUACCGUGUUCCAUGGACUAUCGACGAUGAUGAUCAGUCCGAGGAAGGGUGCUCAAAGACAUUGGCCAAGUGGACCAACCUUAAGACUCGCCUCAUGCCGUACAUUUACUCCCAAGCUAUCGAUUCUAGAGAAGACGGUCUUCCCGUUUCUCUCCGAUCUAUAGCUCUUGAGUUCCCCGAGGACCCAACAGCGUGGUACAUAGACCGUCAGUUUAUGAUUGGAUCCCAGCUCCUCGCUGCCCCUAUUUUCGAAGAGUCUGGAGACGUGGAGUUUUACCUACCCCGUGGGAAAUGGACAUCAUUUUACACCAACGAAGUACGCACUGGCCCAGGUUGGUUCAAGGAGAAACAUGGCUUUGGAACACUGCCCCUGUAUGUCCGAGAGAACACUGUUCUCGUGCUCGGCAAUCGGGAAGUCGUCGGUGCCGUGUAUGACUACGGACAGAAUGUUGAGAUCGCGCUCUACCAGGUUACUCCCGGUGCCAAAGCUAAGCUUGUCAAGUCAGAUGGUACCAGUAUUGGCGAGUUAGAAGUUGGAGAUGAUGGGAAGCUCAAAGAUACCUCUGCUCUCAGCGGUGAUGUCAAGAUUAGCUCCGAGGGCCGAGAUCUGCAGGGCGAUGCGGCGGUUUCCAUUGAAUCCUCUUAA